AGGUGAUCCGCGAACGCGGAUGAACGCACCCUUUCCUUCAUACUCUGCGUAACGAAGGGAGAAGCCAUGUCGAAGCUACGGAUGCCGUACCAGUGCCUCCAGAGAUCUGGAAAUCUCCUGGUUGCGGCUCGGGGAUCAAGCAUUGAUUCCUUCAGUCUCCAGGACUACUCACUGUUGUCCACAUGGCGAUUCCCACCUGCACAAGAGCCCAGCAAUGGAAGGACAAGCCAAGAACCCACCAACAAGCUGCCGGCCGAAAAUUCAGAGUCUUCGGUCGACAUUGCUGUCGGCGCCGCGUCGUCCCCGCCAGCGAAGAGAAGAAAGCUCUCCGAUAGUGAGGGCUCUCAGAAGCCCGGCGAUGAGGGAAAGGGAAAGAAAAAGGCGAACAACCGGUCAGAUGCUGUGGCCAGUGGUCUUGAUGCUCCCGCCAUCACUGCUUUGGCUGCCACCAAAGGAGGUCGGCACGUGAUUGCUGCCACAAAUGAGGACAAGAGUAUCCGGGUCUUUGAGCAUGUGUUCAAACAGGAUGGGACACAUCAACUACGGAGUCUCAGUCAGCGCAUUAUGCCAAAACGCCCCUGUGCCCUAGCACUUACAGAAGACGACGCAACCAUAAUCGCCGCGGACAAAUUUGGGGAUGUCUAUUCUCUCCCAUUGUUGUUUUCAGAAUCGGAGAAUCAGACAGCAGCCAAUGGCUCCAGCCCGUCUUCUCAAGCUAGCGGCACCACGGCCCCCAAGCCUUUUGUACCAGCAGCCAGCGACCUCACUGUACAUUCGCAGCGGAAUCUCAAAGCCCUUGAGAAUCAGAAGAGACAGACGAAUCAACCCCCUGAGAAGUCAGAGCCCACCUUUGAGCAUAAGCUAUUGCUUGGCCAUGUCUCGAUGCUUACGGAUGUUGUACGCGUUUCUUUUCAAGGACGAAGUUACAUCAUCUCUGCAGAUAGAGACGAACAUAUUCGCGUCUCCCGAGGCAUUCCCCAGGCUCAUAUCAUUGAGGGGUUUUGUCUUGGCCACACAGAGUUCGUCAGCCGGUUAUGCGUUCCAGACGAAAGAUCCAACUUGUUGAUCUCCGGUGGAGGGGAUGACUAUCUGUUCGUCUGGAACUGGUUAUCAGGCACAUUGGUAUCAAAAGUCGAUCUUAAAGCCGCUGUUGAAGUUGUGAUGCGUGAUUUAGAGACGGAAAAUCACAGCAGUGGACCAGCAGAUCACGUGAAAGUUGCCGUGUCUGGUAUUUCACACGUCAGGUUACCUGGGGAAAAUGGAGUUGAAGACAUUAUCAUAGCUAUCUCUGAGGGUGUCCCAGCUCUCUUCGUCUUCCUCCUGACACCGGAAAGCCAUCUCAACCACAUUCAAACCAUUAGAUUACCCGGCAAUGCCCUUGCAGUUGUCAGCAUUUCAAGCACAAGCAGCUCAACCCCCAGUAAUGACAUCGUAGUAUCGAUAGAUAGCAUCCACAAGCCCGGCUCAACAACGGAUCGCAGGUCUGAUACCGACGAACCAGUUGAUCCUCUGCGUUUAUAUAGAUUCCAGGGGAGGGAGUUAGUUCCAGUCUCGACAUUGCAGUCGGGGGAUGGAGACGAAGCUCUUGAAAACGAGAAUCAACCUGGGAGACUGACAAAUUUGUUGUAUAACCUUGAGAAUUUGAGGAAGAGAGAUGGAGAGGCGAAGGAAGUUGAGUAGAAUAGG